GGCUGGUUUAUUCUUCUCUAUAUGGUCAACGGUUGUGUUUCUGCAGGACCAAAGGAGUACCCUGGUUAGUGAAGAAUGCUGUCGGAAGGGUAUCUCAGUGGACUUGCCUACUGGAACAACACCCACUGGACUUGCACAUCGUGUAAUGAGGAGGUGGCUGAGGAAGAGGGAGAGGAGAGGAAAUCGGCUGCUGCUCUUUCCUAUUCCUCUGUGGAUGAAACACAAGUCAGAAGUCUCUACGUGAGCUACAAAUCCUCUGGCAAGUUUAUUUCUUCAGUGCAUUCAAGAGAAAGCCAACAGAGUAGAAAUCAGAGAAUCACAGUGUUGCAGACAAACCCCAACCCUGUGUUUGAAAGCACCAACGUGGCUGCAAUCAAAAUAUACAGAGACCCUAGCAGAGAGACUUAUUUGGUUCCACCUUCCUGCAAAAGUAUUUGCAAGAACUACAAUGACUUACACAUUGCAGGGGACCAGGUGAUGGCCAUCAAUUCAGUGACAACAGAUUUCCCCUCCACGGGCAGUUUUGAGUAUGGUCCUUUGCUGAAAUCAUCGGAGAUCCCUUUGCCCAUGGAGGAUUCCAUGUUCACUCAUCCAAGCGACUUUCCCCAAAAACCUAUCCAGCAGUAUUCAUCCUACUGGAGAAUAACCAGCAUCAAAGAGAAAAGCAGCCUGCAAAUACAGAAGCCUAUUUCUAACGCGGUGCUGAAUGAGUAUCUGGAGCAAAAAGUGGUAGAGUUGUACAAGCAGUACAUUAUGGACACUGUGUUUCAUGAUAGUUCUCCUACUCAGAUUCUAGCAUCUGAACUCAUCAUGACAAGUGUGGACCAAAUUAGUCUUCAAGUGUCUAGAGAAAAGGACCUGGAGACCUCAAAAGCCAGAGAUAUAGUCAUCAGCCGCCUAUUACAGUUGGUGUCAACAGAAAUCAGCACUCCUAGCCUCCAUAUUUCUCAGUAUAGCAGUGUGAAUCCGUAG